AUGGAAGUCGAAGAACCUGCCAAAAGAAAAAAAAGAGGAAACAGAAGAAACAACGUGCCAACGGAACUACAGUCAAGAAAUAGGGUGUACCAAAACAGAUGUUAUGCAAAGAGAAAAAUAGAGCUGUACGCAAAUAUUGCAAAACUGGAAGAGCUUAAACCAGUGUACCAGCAAAAUGAAGCAAGUAUUAAUGAGAAAAAGCAAUUCCUUUUAGGAACUCUUGGAAGAGAUCCUCUGAGUGUACAAGUUAACCAUGUUCUCGGACAAACACGUAAUGAUGAAAACUAUAAAAUACAGUUAGCUGCAAAAGAACAAGCUGAGACCAAUUUCCAUCUUGCAGGACAGGAUUAUUUAAAUAAUCCCAUCAACAAGUUUGCGAAAGCUAAGAGUAAAAAGAAAUAUGAAAUGGAAACCGUUCAAACAAGAGUUGAAGUGAUGGAAAAGGAAUUUAAAAUCGUGCGGCAAGAACAAGUGCUGCAGUUAUAUGAUGGUUAUCUGCAAUCUUUUUAUUACCAAGAUCCAAAUGUGCCAAAUGGUCAACAUGAUCCCGGAUAA